UUAUCGUGAUAUUUUGCAGAUCCUAAAAACCUCUGGUGGUUAUUUAUCGAUGCUAUUGGCUGUCAAAGAACGAAUUCCGGAUGCAUGAAUUUGGAUCUAAUGGUUUAUGAUAACUUACAAUUUCCAUCGUUUUAUGAAUAACGAUAAUAAUAUUUUGUUACUGAUUUGUAAAUAUCAUUCCAUGAUUAUAAAUAACAAAAGUCAUAUUUGGGUUUAAUCUCUAUUGUAAUAUCAACGUACAUUUUAUGCACAUUUUAGUGGAUCACUUUACUUAUUCGCUUCGAUAUUGCUACUAUAAAACAUAUCUACCGCAUCUGACCACAAACGCUCCCGAGCGAUCGAAGUUAAUAAACAAUUUUUACUGGUAGAAAAGUUUUUCUGUCAAAUUUCUUUCACCUUCUAUAUUAUUUUUUGCAACUUCGAUAGACAUGCGCGUCUUUACUCUAGGAUACAAGCUGAUGUUUUUUCCGAUUCGUCAAUUCCAUAUAUCCACCACAGUAGAAUCAAUAGAAUAUGAGUUAGUUACAUACGUUUUAAAAUUAAAAAAAUUUAGUUUCUUCUUUUGAGUGGUUGUAUACAAAAUGUUCUGUCGAAGAAAAGUGAUUAUCUUGUGUAAUCGAAGCUGAGACGAAACAUCGACUGAGGAAAAAACAUUUCAUUUCAUCUAUAUUUUCGCGAAACAAUUGCGCACUCAUGCGCACAGUUGAACUAUAACAAAGAGAGCCCUUCGCUUGCAGUCAAAGAUCUCUCGUUCUAGUCAGAUCUAAUGCGUAACAAAGCAGGUAACGAAUUUAUGACCUUUUUCAUAUAUAACAGAUUUGCACCUUUUCUUUUGCAAUUCAAAUUCAUUAACGUUCUGAGCCAAAAAUGUUGCCAAUUUGUACAAUCAGUACUUGUAGGUUUUGAUACAGCUUUUCAUAUGUGCGGAAUAAGUCUUAAAUUAAUAGGACUAUGGCCUCAACUAAAAACAUCAAAACUAGAAAAAAUCUGCACGUUGAUUCGCUUUACUUUAAUAACGUCAGUUAUUGUGGUAUUUAUAAAUAUUUCACAAACGAUAAAAUUAAUAAUGAUUUGGGGUAAUUUGGACUUAAUGACGGAUAUAAUUUCAACGGCAAACUUACCAAUCCUAAUUGCUGUCUUCAAGAUGUUGAUAUUUUUUAAACAUAGAAAAGCAUUCGAGCCAUUACUAGAAUUCGUCACGUCAGACUGGAACAGUGUGAAUUCCAAAGAUGGCCUGAAGAAUAUGCAAGCAAACGCAAUAAUAGCACGCAGGAUGUCGUGGAUUUGUGCCAUCUUAGGAUUCGCUACAGUUCAUGGACAUUUGUUAAUUAGAAUUGGACAGGAGUUAGAAUAUCUACCAGGAAAACCAAGUACACGGCUGCUCCUCGUUGACUCAUACUUUCCUUACGACUAUAAGCCAACUCCAGUUUAUGAAGUUACGUGGAUAAUGCAGUACUCUGGUGCUGCUCUCGCUACAUUUGCUUAUUCUGGAAUCUAUUGUCUGUUUGUUGCUCUGGUGCUACACUUGUGUGGGCAAUUUGCUAAUUUGAGGGAACAGCUGGAUAAGCUAGUGAGUGUAUCUAAUCGCAAUUUUGAGAUGAAUCUUGCUAAGAUUGUACUGCGGCAUGAGCAGCUUAAUAAAUUUGCUGCAACAAUAGAAAAUAUAUUCAACCCAAUGUUUCUUGCCGAAAUUCUCGGAUGCACAAUACAAUUUUGUAUGCAAGGCUUUCUUGUAGUGACCGUGAGUCUUUUAUAUUACAUUUUUAAGAAAUCAUUAAUUUUCCAGCAUAAUUGGAAUAUUAAUUUUCAGUUGAGUUCCAGUAAAGACAUGGGAUUUCCAGUACUCCACCUUCUUUUCAUGGCAGUUUACGUGAUGCACAUUGGAACACAUUUAUUUAUUUGCUGCUAUGUUGCUGAAAAACUUAAAGAUGAGAGUUCGUCAAUUUUUCGAGCAGUUUACAACUGCAAAUGGUACGAACUGCAGCCUAAGCAAGCCGCAUUAUUACUCAUCAUAAUGCAGCGAGCUAAAAAGCCAUUAAAAGUAACGGCAGGAAAAUUUUGCUCAUUUUCUAUGAGUUUGUAUGCUAAAAUUUUCAAAACUUCAGCUGGAUAUUUAUCAAUGUUAUUAGCUGUUAGAGAUCGAAUAGUCGUGUAAAUCAAUAUAUCUUCAGAUACAUGAACAACAUUUACAUUUUCUACUUAUUUUAUCAACGCGUCGACUAUUUUUUAUAAAUAUAUGUUGAAAUCGUUAUGUGAAUCAAGUAGCAUUUUUAUAAAUUAAAGAAAAACUGUUAACAAUUCUACUUAGUGAAUUUUCAUUUAUUAAAAUAUUGU